GAUCACUUGCAUAGAAAAGUGCUUUUAUUUCGAAAAACCUUUUCCGUAUUGCGACUGGUACCAGGCAGCUUUAUUGUGCACUUGACGCGUGGGAGAGAAGCAGAAAGAGGGGGAGGGACAGGUUGACUGUGUCACAUUCACAACGGGGUCUCGGAAUCAAAUGUGCCUGGUUUAUUGUUGGUCAGAUUCAGCGGUAAAAGGGGGAUACGACUUGUGGAUCCGUGGAUCUGCUGCUCUGCGCCCCUGAACCUGAGACUCGAUCUUUACGCUGUAAGGUACUUUAACAUGGGACUAAAGUGACCAAAACCUCACAGACAUACUUGAGAUGGGCCACUGACCGUGCACCAAGUGGCAACUUAGCAGCUAUGUCCACCAUCAGAGCCAUGGCGGGACUCAAGCGCCAUCAUGAUGGAAAGAUAGCAGGCCUCUAUGACUUGGACAAGACACUGGGACGUGGCCAUUUUGCUGUGGUCAAAUUGGCCCGACAUGUGUUCACAGGAGAAAGGGUUGCAGUAAAAGUAAUAGAUAAGACCAAGCUUGAUCCAGUGGCACGGGGUCACCUUUUCCAGGAAGUCCGCUGCAUGAAGCUGGUUCAACAUCCCAAUGUAGUUCGCCUUUAUGAAGUCAUUGACACAGCAACCAAACUCUACCUCAUCCUAGAGCUGGGAGACGGAGGGGACAUGUAUGACUGCAUCAUGAAGCAUGAGGGAGGACUCAGUGAAGAGGUGGCUAAAUGUUACUUUGCCCAAAUUGUCCAUGCCAUUUCUUACUGCCACCAACUCCAUGUGGUGCACCGAGACCUAAAGCCAGAAAACGUGGUUUUCUUUGAAAAACAAGGCAUAGUGAAGCUCACUGACUUUGGCUUCAGCAAUCGAUUUCAGCCAGGCAAAACACUCAACACCUCAUGUGGUUCACUAGCUUACUCUGCGCCCGAAAUCUUACUGGGAGAUGAGUACGAUGCCCCUGCUGUCGAUAUUUGGAGUUUGGGAGUAAUCCUUUUCAUGCUGGUUUGUGGUCAGCCCCCGUUUCAAGAAGCUAAUGACAGUGAGACGUUAACUAUGAUCAUGGACUGUAAAUACAAUGUCCCGGCACAUAUCUCCGCUGCAUGCAGAGACCUCAUUGGUCGCAUGCUGCAGAGGGAUCCAAAGAAGCGGGCAACCCUUGCAGAGAUUGAAAGCCAUGACUGGCUGAAAGGUGUUGACCCCUCCCCUGCCACUAAGCUGUCCACCCCCCUGGUGUCCCAUCGCAAUGUAUCAGAAGAAGAACAUGGUUCCAUUAUUCAGAGGAUGGUGCUAGGAGGCAUCGCAGACCGAGACAACAUCACUGAGGCUUUGGAGUCAAAUCAGUACAACCACAUCACAGCUACAUAUUUCCUACUGGCAGAGAGGAUGCUCAGGGAGAGGCAGGAAAAGGAGGCGUUCAAUCAGACACGAUCACCCAGCCCCAGCAAAGCCCAGUUCAGACAAUCUUGGCCCACCAGAGUGGAUGUUCACCAGGAUGUCAGUGAUGGUUUAGGAGGCCCCCCUAUCUCGCACCCUGGGGGACCACAGUCUCCUGCACGUAGUGCAGAGAGCCUCCACAAAGGCCCUAGACCCAAAACCGCUCUACUGGAUGUUAGCCAGCACCAUGACAACCACACAUCAGCAACAAACCAGGAGGCUGCACGUGGACCUCGACCACUGGGCAAACCCCAGUCCAUCCCACAUCGCCUGGGCCCCCUGACUGCUGGAGGUCCCUGUAAACCUCGCAGUCCUAGUCUCUUCAGUGUGGAGGAGGAUGAAGAGGAAGAAGGUGGGGAAGGAAAAUGUCUACCACCUGCUUCACUUCCAACUCAAGUGGUGCUCCGCUGCAAAUCCUCCUCUUCUGGAAAUCGCCUGACCUCCAGAAUGAGUGCUCCUGUACUCAACCAGAUUCAUGAAGAGGACAGAGAGGAAGAGGAAGAUGAGGACUGUAAAGAACUGCUUGGACUGGGUGCACCGAAACCUAGCCUUAGCCUCAACUUGAACUCUAGAAUACAAUCACCGUCACAAAUAAUGCUGUCACCUAAAACUGUUAUUUCUAUGAGUCCUGGCUCAGAGACUAGUGAUGAUGAUUCAGGAGAUGCUCACAGAAAGCCAGUACGGGACAGCGUACGUGUGACAGAUGUGAGAACAGAGGACAAAGACAGAAGGGGGACAGGGCAAGGCAGUCCCUGCAGUCCUGGGUCAGGGCCUGGGCAGGCCAAAGCGAAAACAGCGAGCGGUCUGGUGGAGAGCCUGAAGCUUAUGAGCCUCUGUCUCAGCUCCCAGUUCCACAAUCUGACAGGUGGAGGAGGGGGCAGUGGGGGCGUCAGCAGUGACCCUCAGGACCGACCGGUAUGGAGAAUGUGCAUGGGUGGCUCCACUGGUAGUCUGGAUAAGGUUUCACUCUUAGGGGGUCCUUCACCUAGAGGGAACUCUUGCCAACAGCGUUCACAGCACCAGCCCACAAUGGGAGACACUUUUGCAGAUCCAUUGCUUGAUGGGCCAUGCUCUGGGACAUUGAGGUUGGGAGAGCUGGACUUGGCCAGAGAAAACCACAGGAACAUGAAGAACCGUGUGCUUCAGAUGCCCCUCAGUGACAAGACACUAUCUGUGAAUAUUCAUCGCAGCCCCAAAGAGGGACUGUUGUGCACCCCCACCCCUCACAGCUGCUGCCAAGUCAUCUAGGUUUACUGUGACCUACUGUACAGUUACAUGCCUCACCUAUUUUUUACUCCUGCACAUGCACAGCCAUUGCACGUGAUUACAUGCACUCGAUAUUCCUCUAUGACUUGCUAUUACUAGAUAAUAUUUCUAUGAGAAAAAAAAUAUGUAUUGAAAGUGUCUUAAGACAUGCUCAAAUGCAUGCAGGGCUAAACAACUAUACCAAUUAUGCGGCCAAAUUAACAGAACGCUAUGAGUACAUUUAGGGUAUCGUGGGCAUGUAAAUAUGUAAACUGUAUAAUUGGACAUCACCAUUUAUGUCAUCGUUGGUCAGUUAUUCCAGUACUUAUUACUGUUUACAACUGGCUGUGGCAGGAGGAGCUGCACACCCACCGUUGCAUGUGUUGCACAUUUAAAGAGUCUAUGAAACAGGCUAUGUGCCUCCAAUGUAUAAAAGCAUAAAGGUUUAUUUAAGGUCCUUUUGUUGAGAUGGGUAAAUAGAAACCACAAUGACACUUUCUGCUCAUGACUGCGCUCAAAGCGCUCGCACAAGUGUGUCUCACUAUGUACCAUGUACAGUCACUCAUGUUACAUACUAUAUGUUAUAUUAAUUAUAUUUUUAAUACCAUUCUUUUAAAUUAUUUUUGUGAUAAUUAUUUUAUUGUUUUUUGACUAAAUGAUUGCAAAAAGAAAUGAAAUGAAAAUCUGCUGAACUGCAGCACUUAUGUGGUGCUCCAUCACAGUUUUAUUUUUCUAUGUCAUAUACUAUAUGCUUGGAACGAAACGCACACUUAUUUGGCCCUUACUCUGUUUCCCUAUGGUGUUUGUACAUAUGUGAAUAUUCCCCCAGACAUAAUAAGCUGUACUUGUAUUGGCAGUAGAGUUGUCUUGCAGUAGAACCCAUGUAGAUCCAUAUGCCAUCAUUCAUUUGCUCUAUGAAGUAUUCUGAGAAUAGGUUUUUUAAACCUAUUUCUGUAUUUUGUGUAUUUCAUAGUGUGUUUGAAUAAUGGUAGCCACUGUAGCAUAUUCCAACACUAUAAGGUCUUAAAAUAUACCAUACCAUCACAGCUCCUUUAUGUAUUGAUCAGUGUAGCUGGAAUUGUGACCCACUCUUAGUGGAAUAUAUACUCUGACAGUGCAUGUGUUUUGCUGUAGCAACCUUAUUCUUCGCCAUCACCUGCUGUUAUCUCAGUAACGGGUUAAAACAGUCACUUUACUGUAGCCACCACCCAGCAAUACCAGCAACUGCAAACUGUACAAAUAAAAAUGGAUGUGCCAUAAGUUCUGUCCUUAGCAUAUUGUACUGUAUGUAUAUGAUAGAGAUCUAUUAAAUUAUUACAAUGCAAUCACUUUUUGAGUUAGUCUUGUCUGUAUAAUUUCAAGGUUAUGCACAAAACUGAAAUAUUUUAAAGAAAUUACCUUAUUUGGUGUGGUAUAUUUAUGUGAUCAUUAUGCUUUUGUUCACCACAUUUAAUACAAUUUGAUAGAAGUAAAGGACAUCAAGCCUAUAAAACAAGUGGCAGUAAUAAAGACAGUACAGCAUGUAUAAUGAUGUUUACAUCAUAACAUCAUGGAAUACACAUUCUCCCAUCAUGUUUGUUUUCCUGAAUGGUCUCCCAGCAUCAGAUGGAGCCUAUAAUCUCUUCCACAUCUGGACUACUGUUCUGUAUCAGGCAACUGGAGGGAAAUUAGAUCAGACCAGAUAAGCUUUGGGUCAGCAAUGAACUCGUGCAACCCCCCAGACAGCAGACAGGGAUGAUCAUGUGAUGUAGGGCUGCACAAUUUAAUUGACAUUGACAUUUUACUUGGUGCAGUUAACAAUCACAAUGUCAAAAAUUAUUUGAUUGA